AUUGAAUGGUAUUAUUGUUUUCUUCACAAAAGAGGCUCCAAAUGUUAUCUAUAUGUGUCAAACACAUGAAAUGUCCGCCCUCUAAUAAAUCCCUUGGAUGGUCUCCGAUUUAAUCAUUUGCUGACAGGAAACAUGAACUCUGUCGUGAAAACCGCGCUUGUGACUGGUGCCGUCCUGGCUGCCCUUGCUGUGGUCACCUCUGGACAGACUGCAGCGUCAACGGGUGCUGGUGACACUCAGUGCGUCAACCUGACCAACGCAGAGUUCUUCGUACUGAUCCGAGAUAUUAUCAACCUGGGGGUGCUGGACAACCUGGCCAAGGCAUACGACCUCCUUCCCUUCGAGCUACUGGCUGCAGCUGAGACACGACAGCUGCGCUACAUCCUUGACCGCCUGGGCUACAGGCUUCUGCUCAACUUCCUAGACGCCCUUCCAGAAAACUUUUCCCACCGAUUCAUCGAGUUUUUAAUCAAGAGCCUCGACGCAGAAGACAAAGCCACCGCGGGGCGCUGAGGACGAGUUGAGAAAGCAGCCGGAAGUCGAUGCCGCUGUCAGUAGCGGAACUGACGUCACGUGGAUUCGUUUUCUCCUCCCCACCGUUAGUACCGUUAGGGCAGAGGAACAUUGCUUUUUGUGAAUGCUGCUUACCUUUUUGUCGACUGUAGUCUGUUGUUCGUCUCGCUACUCGUAAUUUACUGACAGACCGCGAGUACCAACAAAUAACAAAUGUCCUUGUUUGCAUGUUGUAGAGACGCCCACCGUUACACCCACAAUGUACUCGUUUCGAACUUGUGAAUUCUGUACUCAAUGUGUAUGACAUGUUUGUAAGGAAAUAAACGUUUGCAUAUAAUGUU